ACUCAGGCCACCUCACAGCAUUAGAACCAGUGCUCUGAAGAAGCUGCCUGGAGCAGUGGGGAGAGAUGAACGGGCCGGUGGAUGGUUUGUGUGACCAUUCUCUGAAUGAAGAGGGCGCCUUCAUGUUCACAUCUGAGUCUGUGGGAGAGGGGCAUCCUGAUAAGAUCUGUGACCAGAUCAGUGAUGCAGUACUGGACGCCCAUCUCAGUCAAGACCCCAAUGCCAAGGUGGCCUGUGAGACGGUGUGUAAGACGGGCAUGGUGCUGCUGUGUGGGGAGAUCACCUCCGUCGCUAUGAUUGACUACCAGCGGGUGGUGAGAGAAACCAUCAAGCACAUUGGCUACGAUGAUUCUGCCAAAGGCUUUGACUUCAAGACCUGCAAUGUGCUGGUGGCUUUGGAACAGCAGUCCCCUGAUAUUGCACAGUGUGUUCAUCUAGACAAAACUGAAGAGGACGUUGGUGCAGGUGACCAGGGUCUGAUGUUUGGCUAUGCUACCGAUGAGACUGAGGAGUGCAUGCCCCUCACCAUCAUUCUUGCUCACAAGCUCAAUGCCCAGAUGGCAGAUUUGAGACGCUCCGGGGUCCUACCCUGGCUGAGGCCGGACUCAAAGACACAGGUGACAGUCCAGUACACACAACAGAAUGGUGCAGUCAUCCCUGUGCGCAUCCACACCAUCGUCAUCUCCGUGCAACACGAUGAGGAUAUCACACUGGAGGACAUGCGCACAGCCCUGAAGGAGCAGGUGAUCCGGGCUGUGGUGCCAGCCAAGUACCUGGAUGAGAACACCAUCUACCACCUGCAGCCCAGCGGGCGGUUCGUCAUUGGCGGCCCCCAGGGAGACGCAGGAGUCACUGGUCGUAAGAUCAUUGUGGACACCUAUGGUGGCUGGGGUGCUCAUGGUGGUGGCGCCUUCUCUGGGAAGGACUACACCAAGGUGGACCGCUCUGCGGCAUACGCCGCCCGCUGGGUGGCCAAGUCCCUGGUGAAAGCUGGACUCUGUCGGAGAGUGCUUGUGCAGGUUUCCUACGCCAUCGGUGUGGCGGAGCCGCUGUCUAUCUCCCUCUUCACCUAUGGAACAUCCCAGAAGACAGAGAGAGAGCUGCUGGAUGUAGUAAACAUGAACUUCGACCUGCGGCCCGGUGUCAUUGUCAGGGAUUUGGACUUGAAGAAGCCCAUCUACCAGAAGACAGCAUGCUAUGGCCACUUCGGAAGAAACGAAUUCCCAUGGGAAAUUCCUAAGAAGCUUGUAUUUUAGGGCUGCUCAGGCCUGGUCCUGUCCUGCAGGCGACUGAGUGGC